AUCACUAAUACAAAUCAUGGCGUUUAUUCAAACCAAUACAGCCCAUGAAAACUCACUCUUGUCCAAGAAUUUACUGUUCGAUCAUCUCAAAAACACUGGUAAAACCCCAUCAAGCUACUGCACUAGACAUCAUCCUAUGAAGAUUCAAGGCGCAAAUGCUGUGAAUUCAACUCUUGUCCAAUCAGUUAACGUCCAAGAACUCCUGACAAAUCCCCGUGUUACGCCUGGUCCAGAGUUUCAUUUUGAAGGUUACAUGAAAACCUCAGGUAAAAAGAUAAACAAAGCGCUGGACGAGGCUGUUCCAGUGCAAAAACCAGCUAUCAUCCACGAAGCGAUGCGGUAUUCGCUUCUGGCCGGGGGCAAACGCGUCCGGCCAGUGCUGUGCAUCGCUUCGUGUGAGUUGGUAGGAGGGCUGGAGUCAUGGGCUAUGCCCAUGGCCUGCGCCCUCGAAAUGAUCCACACCAUGUCUCUAAUCCAUGACGACCUCCCGUGCAUGGAUAACGACGACUUGAGACGUGGCAAACCGACGAAUCACAAGGUUUAUGGCGAAGAAACCGCGAUUCUUGCAGGUGAUGCCUUGCUCUCCCUAGCAUUCGAGCAUGUAGCGGACGCAACCGAUAUGGUGACCCCGGGUCGGGUGGUUCGGGCUAUUGCGGAGCUAGGUUCGGCUGUGGGCUCACAAGGGCUCGUGGCGGGUCAGAUAAUGGACAUAUGUAACCAAGGAAAAGACGUGGAUUUGAACGACUUGGAGUAUAUUCAUGUCCACAAAACAUCGAAGCUUCUAGAAGCUUCGGUGGUUUGUGGAGCUAUAUUGGGAGGUGGGAAUGUUAUUGAGGUGGAGAGGUUGAGAAAAUAUGCGAGGUGUAUUGGAUUGUUGUUUCAAGUGGUUGAUGAUAUUUUAGAUGUUACCAAAUCAUCUGCGGAGCUCGGGAAGACAGCCGGGAAAGAUUUAGUCACCGAUAAGACGACGUAUCCGAAGCUAAUGGGAUUGGAGAGGGCUAAGAGAUUCGCGACGGAGCUGGUGGCUCAGGCGGAGGAGGAACUCAGUUAUUUUGGAUCGUCAGCAAGGGUGGCCCCGUUGUACCAUCUGGCUAAGUAUAUUGCUUAUAGACAAAACUGAGGACUACUAGAUUAAUAUUAUUGUACCAACUACCAAGUAGUACUAUGUUAUGUAUGUUGCUUGUUCUGCUGUAUCUCUUGUUGGUUUCUUCUCCAGAUGAACAUUAGAAGCAAAAGUAAAAUAUAUAUGUCAUAUUGAAUUGCUACGAACUAUGAAGAGCAUGC